AUCGAUUCCUUCACAGGUAGAGUCAAGGUUAAAAGCGAUUUCCUGCUGAAAAGUUGUGAAUGUGAUACUUAAGUCGUAUUGGACCAGUUGGCAUGUGAGCAGUGGUUCGAGAAGACUUACACUAAGUAGUGUCUGGACUUUGUAGGUAGUGUCUGGCUUUGGAUUUGUGGAUACGAAAUAAGGAGCCGUCGACAUGGCGGCCAAAGACGCCGUUUAUGUUCAAGACGCCUGCAAAUCAUACGGAAAAAAAGAAGUAUUGAAAAAUCUCCGAAUGAAAGUGCCUCGAGGAUGCAUUUACGGUCUCCUUGGUCCAAGUGGUUGCGGCAAAACAACUCUUCUUAGUUGCAUUGUGGGCCGCCGGAAUUUAAACUCCGGGGACAUUUGGGUUUUGGGGGGCAAACCUGGCACUGUCGACAGUGGCGUUCCGGGUCCAAAAAUCGGCUAUAUGCCACAGGAUAUAGCCCUCGUCGGCGAAUUCACCGUAAAAGAUGCCAUUUUCUACUUCGGUCGGAUUUUCGACAUGCCUGAAAAAAUGCUCGAAGAAAGAUUUAACGAACUUUCGGGUUUAUUGGAUUUACCACCUGAAGAUCGAUUUAUAAGGAACUGCAGUGGAGGUCAGCAACGGCGCGUCUCAUUCGCUGCUUCGAUGGUGCAUUUGCCGGAAUUGCUCAUUUUGGAUGAGCCAACAGUGGGAGUGGACCCGAUUUUGAGGGAAAGGAUAUGGGAUUAUCUCGUGGAAAUCACGAGUAAAUCAAACACGGCUGUGAUUAUUACCACGCAUUAUAUCGAAGAAGCGCGGCAAGCUAAUAUGAUUGGUUUAAUGCGCGGAGGCUGCCUCAUCGCCGAGGAAUCUCCCGCUACACUCUUAACUAUGUUUCAAACUGAAGUCCUGGAAGACGUCUUUUUCAUCUUGAGCAAAAAACAGUCCGAAGGACGUCUCGAAGACACCAUGGCUGUAGCUCGCAGUAACUUACAAAUCCAGAAUUCAAACACCGACAUUAGCGUUGCUUCGUUUGACACGACUCGGGGAUCCACCGAUAUCCUCACAAAAGAAAAACAAACCAAAAGUAAAAAUAAGAGUGGCUACGAACUGAACGGCAAAAGGAUAAAAAGCCUCCUCGACAAAAACUGGAAACAAUUCUACCGAAAUGUCAGUGGAAUGAUCUUCAUUUUUAUGUUUCCAAUUGCACAAAACGUUGCUUUUCUUCUUGCGGUUGGUCCCGACCCCAGAGGUGUCAAUUUGGCUGUUGUUAACGAGGAAAGUUUUGCUACUUUGUGUCCGAAUUUUAAUUUUUCACAAUCAGCGAUGCCUUAUGACGACUAUAAUUGCCAUUUUUAUAAUAUGAGUUGCCGGUUUUUGAGUUACAUAGACACCCCGAUGAUAACAAAAGUAAAAUAUGAUGAGCUACCGCAUGCUCUUGAGGAUGCAAGGCAUGGUAAAGUCGUCGGUGUGAUGUACAUGGCGGAAAAUUUCACCGAAUCGUUCGAGGCCAGAAUUGAAGACGGAAGAAAUGUUGAAGCUGAGGUUUUAAGCUUUAGUGAAAUUAAAGUAUGGCUUGAUAUGUCAAACCGGCAAAUUGGGGCAACUGUUAAGUACAAACUUUUGACAAUUUUUAAAGAUUUCCAGAAGGAUUUGCUCAGAGACUGUAAUUAUGAGCCUAAAAUGGCCGAUUUUAUGAAUAUGACGACUUUUUACGGCAAGGAUGGGGACACGUUUACGGAAUAUAUGACACCGGGGCUUGUCCUAACAAUUAUGUUUUUCUUAAUGACUCUAAUGACGUCGCAAAUCAUCGUAACAGACCGCAGUGAGGGCCUUUGGGACCGCUCUAUAAUAGCAGGAGUGUCAUCGCUUGAAAUCAGUUUGACACAUUUUAUUUUCCAAAUCGGUAUCGUCCUCAUUUACACUGUCAUCACCCUCACAAUAACAUUCGCAAUAUUUAAAAUACCAAACAUUGGUAGUAUGUGGAUUAUUACGCUAAUUACCUUCUUCCAAGGAUUAACAGGAGUGGGCUUUGGUUUUUGGAUUUCUAUUAUUUCGGAAAAUGUAACUAUGGCUAAUGUCCUGACAACUGGAAGCUUUUACAUCAUGAUUCUGCUGAGUGGUCUCAUGUGGCCCCUUGAAGGCAUGCCUGUUGUCCUCCAAUGGCUUUCGAAAUGUCUCCCGUUUACAAUCGCAAUAGAUUCGUUCCGAAAUGUGAUGAAAAAAGGGUGGUCUUUUGACUAUUUCGAGGUUUGGAAUGGUUUCGGGAUUGAAGUAACAUGGAUAGUUAUUUUCGGAGUCGUAAAUACAAUGUUGGUCCAAAGUAAACGAUAAUUUUAAGUUGUUGUAAAUGAGGUAAAUUAAAUAAAGCUGUUUUAUUGUAAUAUAAUA